AACGACAUUCUUCAAUUAACUCCAGCUCUCGAAUACCCUCCAAUAAUUCUUCAUUCUUCUUCCCUAUAUCACCAAACACUCCGUUCUAGAAGCUGCUUUUUCGUUUGCUUUAUUUUUUAUUUUUUAAAAUAAAAUAAAGGCUUAACGUGGACCAUGCCACCUCAAAUGAGGAGGGACACUUGAUGGACAAAAACGCGACAGGGAGAAUUACUCGACAACGUCGUAAACAAUUUCUGAGUAAUUCUACCCGGCGCGCAUUCGUCCCUCUAGUGUCCACGUCAGACCUUUUAAAAAAAAAAAUUAAAACCCUGCGUUUAUACGAACAGCUUCAUUUCAAUUUCUCCCAAAAUAUUUUUGCCCCCAAAACUUUCCGCCUUUCCUUCCUCCCUCCCUCCACCCCACUGGCAGCCACCCACCCACCAGCUGAGCACCGUCGACCACCAGCUACCACCGCCAUCGGUUCGUCCAUCUCCGGCCUCCAUCCAUCGUCAAGCUCCAAAGACUCAUCUACCAUACAGCUCUGACGACUCCAACGACCCAUCGACCGUUCCGCCAUGACGAGCCCAGCCGAGCCACCACCACCGCCGACGAGCCAAGCUGAAUCACCAUCACUGCAGAUGACUCCGACGACCCAUUCACCGAAAAUAGAUGAGGGUGAAAAAGCAGAGGCGUCAUAGGAAGAGUGUGAGGUUCUACACAGCGUGCUUUGGGUUCAGACAGCCCUUCAAGAUCCUAUGCGAUGGUACCUUUGUGCACCACCUUAUUGCCAAUAAUAUAAAACCUGCUGAUAAAGCCCUCUCCACCAUCCUCGCUGGUGCCCCUGUCAAACUCUUCACCACUCGAUGUGUUCUUGCUGAGUUGAAACGACUUGGUGGCUCCUAUUAUCAAGCCCUUGAGGCUGCUAAUCAGCUCAUUACUGCCAGAUGUGAUCAUGAGAAAAGUAAGAGUGCUGAUGCUUGCAUCACUGAGGUUAUUGGACAAAAUAAUCCUGAGCACUUUUUUGUUGCUAGUCAGGACACUGAUCUGCGGAAGAAGUUUUACGAGGUUCCAGGAGUCCCUGUUAUAUUUGCUUUAAGAAAUUCUCUUUUCCUUGAGCCUCCAUCUUCUUUUCAACGUCAGUUUGUCAAAACUUCUGAAGAAAAACGCUUGCAUAUGACCGAGUUGGAAUGUAAGAUCUUACAGAAGCGGGCAAGGACUAGGUCAACUGAUGAGGAAGCAAAUGGUUCUUCUAGUGAAAAGGAAGAUGUUGUGGACCAAAACAUAGGGAUGCAGGAUUUAGCAAAGCCACAAACUGCAAGAAAGGGAAUGGAUGUGAAGGAUAAAGUUCAAUUUAAGAGAAAGAGAGCAAAGGGCCCAAACCCACUUUCAUGUAAGAAGAAGAGCCGUGAAAAACCAAAUGUUGUUUUGGAGAAGGAAAAGAAAGACGGAGAAAAUUCUGUGAGAAGCAGGAGCAGGAAAAGGAAGAGAACACGCGGAGGCAAAAAGCUGGCAGAGAAAGAUGGUUAAUGUUGCUACGCUCAAAUGGCAGAUCUACAUUAGGGCAAAGCAGGGUAUGAAAAAUUGCUUUAUUCUUUUUACUUAGAACAAUGAUCUCCACUACAAACAUUGACAUCUGUUUCAUGAGAGAUUAUGAUCAGAAAGAGUGGGCUAGAAAAUACAGAAUAGAUUUGGGAUUUAUGGGACAGACUUGUUUUUGUGGUGUUGUUGCUGUUUGGGGCCGUGGUUUUUUUAGUAAAGACUUGAACUAGUUUUGCAAA